UACCAAGCUCCCACGGCAGCGGCGCGGGCUCGAGCAAUCGCCCUCAACAAACGUGUCCAACUUAACAACCCGCUUUCUUUUGCCGGCUCCAUGGACUCCGACGACACCGUCAAUCGUCUCCUUUCGAGCUGUUGUCUCAUCUCGUUGCGAGCGCCCGGGUGACGAUCAAGUUGCCGCCGUGAGCCGGGGGUAUACGGCUGUGUACCAAAAACGUGUAAGUGAGUGGAAGCGCGUCCCGUCGUCGUCGCAUCCCACAUGGUCCGCGCCCGCGCCCGCGCCGCCGCACCCGCGCCGCCCACCGGCAUCACCCACGCCCGCGCCCGCGAUGCCCGCGCUUCCGCUGCAGCCGGUGCCGUGAUGCCGUGGCGGCCGGCCUGCUAGCUCGUCUUCAGCCCGGCAGUUGUGUGCAGCGACAAGACAACAAUGCAGCGGUGGUGGUUGGCAGCGGCGGCGGCCCCCACGGCGCGUUGUCGUCGGCCCUCCCGCAACUGUCUCACACCGACUCUCACAGGCCAACAACCGCUUACACGAUGAUGCAGGACGCCAGGGUACUUUUCGCACGGCGACACGAUUCGCGGCCAUGAUGUCGCACGCCCCCGCGCCGGCAGACCGGCACGUCUGCGACUGCGGCAAGAGCUUCCUCCGCAAAGAACAUCUCCGCCGCCAUCAAGCAACCCACAGCGGCCCGGCCUUUAGCUGCCUUGUGUGUGGCCGCUCGUUUAGCCGGAGCGACCUACUGCGCCGUCAUGCCGCCAUCCACGGCAACGCUGCCGCCGUCCCGGAUUCACGCAGGGGACGGGCUUGCGACACAUGCCACGCCAACAAGACGAGGUGCGACGGCGGCAAGCAGUGCUCCUUGUGCGCAAAAAGGGGCGUCGAGUGCACCUACGGACGCAGGGAGGCUAUCUCGCCGUCGCAGCCGCCACGCACCGCAUCCGGCUCGCACUCGCCCGUAGACGGCGCGGCCGGGCUCACGUCCGCCUCCGCAUCGACGCCCGCGACCGUCUCCCCGCCGUCUGCCACGUCCGACCCCGUGGUGCCACCGAGCGCCGCCCUGAGCCUCGGACCACCCAAGGUCGCCCAAAGCAAUGGCUCCCAUCACGACGGCUUCACCACCAGAUCUGCCCUCCAGGCCAUCCUGAGGGCCGCGGCGGCGCACUGCUCCGUCACGGCCCCGGCCCAGUUGUCGCCGCCGCUGACCGUCCCCGGGUCUUGGCUCACUGCAUGCACCCAGUCGUACCUCAGCACCUUUCACAACCGGUGGCCGAUUGUGCACGCUCCCUCGUUUGACCACGAGACCGACUCAGUCCUGCUGGUUGCGUCCGUCGUCAUGGUCAACUCGUGGCUCCACUACGACCGCGGUCUUAAGGAGCUGACGAUGCAGAUUCACGACGUUCUCGUCAACAAGUCCUUCAAGGAUCUGUCCCACGACACGUACGACCCAAGCAGCCCCUGGCCGUUGGAAACGUAUCAAGUCGCCCUCCUUAACAUCAUCUUUGCUUUUGAGACUGGGCGAGAGGCAUGCAUCAAGCGGGCGCGCCGCCUGCUCAGUCUCCUCGUCGCAGCGCUGCGGCAAAACAACUGCUUCUGUUCCGAAGCGCAGGACCGCGAGAGGAACACGCAUUUUCCCGGCCCAUUUGUCCCCUGGGUGUUUACGACCAUGGAGCGCUGGAAAAGGUUCGCCUUCACCACGCUCCAGAUUGACGUCUUUCUCUCCCUCUUUUGCAACCAGCCGCCCUUGCUGCGGCGCGAGGAGCUCGACCUGGGGCUGACGUCGACGUUUGCCAUGUGGAACUCGUACGGGCUGCACAUUUUCUUCCCGCGGCAUGAGAACGAGCCAUGGGCACGAGACGCCUACAAGAUGUCCUCGCUAGACGUUGGGUCUCGGCAGCAGUCGCCACAGGGCGUCCUCAUCGAGGACGUGCAGCUGUGCCUUUUGGGGACUUGGAGUGACAUUUGGCUGCUUCAGAAGCAGCGCCGGAAUCGCAGCGAGGCGGUUGCGGCAAAGUUGACGGUCAUAUCGCGCCAGCUCGGAGUCUACAAGCGCCAGCUCGACGCCAUAGAGGACGCCGUGGACCGGCCGGAGCUGCACGUGCAAUAUGCCGAGUUUCUUUUCAGGGCAUACUCGGGCAAGGGCCUGCCGUCAGAGCCCAAGUGGCGGGAGCGGGUUCUCGGGCGCAUCCGCGCGACCCUGUCGAGGGCGAGGAUGCUGCAUCGCCUCCUCGGGAUGCACCUGUACGCGGACCUGCCGGCGGUCCGCGAGAUUGCGCGCAUGUCGCCUUCGCUCAUGUCGGAGCCUGACACGAGCGCCGCCAGCGCGGCGACGCCCAUGUGGCAGCGCAAGGCCCUGCAGAUCCAGGAAUGGGCCAUCUCUCCCGAUAGCCGCGCCGCCGUCCUGCAGGCCAUGUACGUGUCGCGGACAUACCGGGAGAGCGGCGGCGGCGCCGCGACGCAACAGACCUCGCAGCUCGCCGACCCGCUUGCGUACAUGGCGCUCUCGGCCGCGGCGGCCGUGUUCUGGGCGUGGAGCGUCCACACGGUCGACGCGUGCACGUGCGCGCCGGACCUGCCCGUCGACAUCGGCGCCGGACGGCUGGCGGCCGACGCGAGCAGCCCUGAGCUGGACAAAUGGGUCCGGCACGGCGUGGGCAGCAUCGCGCUCCACGGCAUGCCCGUGUGCAAGUGCAGCGCGGCCGCGUGGCUGACGCACUUUGCCGAGGCGCUGGCCAGGGGCGGCGAGCGGUGGGAGAUGGGCAGCAUCUGCGCAAACGUGUGCCUGUCCAAGCUCGCCUUCUCCUGAGGCCGCGUGGAUGGAGACGGAUGUUUGUAUUUGUCGCCUCCAGGGUCACGAGCACCGGGGCGGAGCGCUUUCGGGACCACGGCCACGGCCCCCCACACGCACGACCGCCUGUAUGAUAGACACGUCGUUACGCAUUCUAUGUACACAUUAACAAGAGACGAGGAUAUUCUCACGAUGUCG